GAUUGAUGGGGAUGGAAAGGAUGGAAGGGAGGAAAAAAUCGUGUGCCUGGGGGAGGUGGAAAGAGAUGAAGUGGGUUGAUGGUGGCAGCAGUAGUGGUGAAGGGUGAUGGAUGGAUGGAUGGUUGUUGAGAGAGUGUGUGUGUGCGUCGAGGCGGAGAAGGCGUGAGGGAGGGUAGUGAAUGGGCCCUUUGAACUUACUACGAACAACAAGGCGGAGGGAUCCGAGAGAUGAGGGAGAGACAGAGAUGGACAGAUGGACGGACACGAAACGGGGGAGGGGGCUGUUCGCUGCUCAGUGCUCACAGUGCCGCCUUCCCCGGAUUAUGAUGAACAGGCUUUUUCGCUUAGUUUCUCACGCGACCACUUCGUUUUGGGAGGCUGUUCGAGGGGGGUUUGCGAGGGCCGAGGAGUCUGAGAGUUCCCAGCGGGAGGUUUCUUGGGAAAGGGGAACAGGAAUGGGAAAAAGAGCCAGGUCUGGAGGCCGAAGAGGCGGGAACUGCUGAUGGUCUAAGCGGGGGAAAAGAGGUUUGGCGUCGCUCUGACUGGUCCACGAGGGGGGCAAACCACGAUGAUCAAUAAUGGAUCGAAUGGGAUGGCGUCCAGAGACUUUGGGGCG